GGACGGGUCACCUGGCGGCAAACGCUGGUGGCGACCUUGGCGGUAGUGUUGCCUAUAAAAGCCGCUGAUGCAGCCGCGCCACACGUCUCCAGGACAUCGCGAUGCAACAGGCAGCGGCCGCCGGCCUUCUCGCAGCGGCGCUGUUACUGCCUCUGGUGUCACCAUACCCGCAGCUGGGCAGAGAAUCAGAUACCACAUCGGACACAGACGAUGACGAUAUCGGCCCCAGACACAUGUUCGGAGGCGGCUGGCGAGGAAACGAGCUGUGGCGCGACAGGUGGCACCCCAGGGAGUGGGGGCGUCCACCGUUCUUCCGCCCCUCACGUUGGCCGCCGCGUCCGCCUCCGCCGCUGCCGCCGCCCCCGCCACUAGACGCGGAUAGCCCCUUCGUACCUUUCGACGAUGCUGAGCCCUCCAGCAGCCCUUCCACCACAACGACGACGACCGCUGGUGGGACGACGCGCCGAGGGUGUGACUGCCCAGUCACCAGCGAGUUCAACCCAGUCUGUGGCACCGACUUGGUUUCCUACCCCAACCCGGGUCGCCUGCACUGCGCCAGAGACUGCGGAAAGCGUGUGGAGAUCUACCACAUGGGUAACUGCGUGACGACGUCCACAGCACAGCCGAGAGGCGCCAGCGGGUAGCCGUACGUACCAUGCGUCGUAGGCGCUGCGGAGGCGCCAAGUCGCGCAGCGCGACCCACACCAGAGGCUGCAAGACCUGGUCGCAGCAAAAAUUUGCCUGCUCUGUAUUUAUAAUAGAAAAUACAAUGUAAUAAUUCA